AUGGCGGCGGGCAGGCCGGGCCUCGGCCGGGCCCCGGAUGGAGUGGGGUCUGCGGCGUCCCCUCGGCCGUCCCCUCAGCCCCGGGGGCCCGUGCUGAGCCCGCCGCCCGGCCUGGAGCGCUCCCUCCGCCUCUCCGGCCAAGGUUCACGCAUGAAUAUACCUGAUGACCAAGCUGAUAAACUGCUGCUGGCAAGCUGGGGGCUCCCCCAAGCAGUCCUGGAGAAAUACCAUCGUUUGGGAGUCGUGCGUAUGUUCCAGUGGCAAGCAGAGUGCCUAAUGGUCGGGCAAGCCCUGGAGGGGAAAAACUUAGUGUACUCAGCUCCUACAAGUGCUGGGAAAACUCUGGUUGCUGAAUUACUCAUCCUGAAGAGAGUGCUAGAAACCCGCAAAAAGGCUCUGUUCAUCCUACCCUUUGUCUCCGUGGCCAAAGAGAAGAAGUUUUACCUGCAGGCUCUCUUCCAAGAAGCUGGUGUGCAAGUGGAAGGCUACGUAGGCAACAUUUCCCCAGCUGUCGGUUUCUCUGCCUUGGAUGUUGCUGUCUGUACUAUCGAGAGAGCCAACAGUCUGAUCAACAGGCUGAUAGAAGAGAACAUGAUGGACUUACUGGGCAUCGUAGUUGUGGACGAGUUGCACAUGCUGGGAGAUUCUCAGAGAGGGUAUUUGCUGGAACUCCUGCUGACAAAAGUUCGUUUUUUGACGGAGCGGAUGAAAAACAAACAAACGAACAGGCUGCUUUCGGACGGGAUACAAAUUGUCGGCAUGAGUGCCACCCUUCCUAACCUGGAUUUCCUGGCAUCCUGGCUAAACGCUGAUCUGUACCACACAGAUUUCCGCCCCGUGCCGCUUGUGGAGCAACUGAAAAUGGGCAGCAAAGUUUAUGACUCGUCAAUGAAAGCAGUGAGAGAAAUCCAGCCCCUACCAUAUGUGAAGGGAGAUGAGGACCACGUGGUGAGUCUGUGUUAUGAGACAGUCCAGGAUGGCCAUUCCGUCCUUGUCUUCUGCCCAUCGAAGAACUGGUGUGAGAAGUUGGCCGACAUCGUCGCCAGGGAGUUCUGCAGCAUCCAGCGGGAAGGCCUUCAGAAAACUUCCAGUCUGUCACCAGUUGCCCUGGACACUCAAGGGAUAGAGCAGUUGAUGGGCCAGCUGAAGCGGUCUCCUUCUGGUCUGGACUCUGUCCUUCAGCGGACUAUAAAAUGGGGAGUUGCUUUCCAUCAUGCAGGUCUUACUUUCGAUGAACGAGACAUCAUUGAAGUAGCGUUUCGUCAAGGAGUGCUACGAGUCUUAGCCGCAACUUCUACGCUUUCUUCUGGGGUGAACCUGCCUGCACGCCGGGUAAUUAUCCGAACUCCUACGUUCGGUGGCAGGCCACUGGACGUCCUAACGUACAAGCAGAUGUCCGGGAGGGCCGGAAGGAAAGGCGUAGACACCGCAGGUGAAAGCAUUCUGAUGUGCAAGCCUUCAGAGAAGACGAAAGGGGUUGCACUGCUCCAGGGCUGCCUCAAGCCAGUCUGUAGCUGUCUGCUCAAGCAGGAGGGAGAAGAGGUUACGUCUAGCAUGAUACGAGCAAUCCUUGAGAUCAUCGUUGGUGGAGUAGCUAGCUCCCCACAAGAUAUUCAGAUGUACGCUUCCUGCACCCUCCUCGGUGCUAGUCUGAAAGACGACCAGCCGGACAGCGAGAGAGAUCGGGGGGAAAUCUGUCACGGGGCUAUUGAUGCUUGUGUGAAAUGGCUGCUGAAGAAUGAAUUCAUCCAGGUUUUAACCUCCGACACGGGCAAAGAAAUCUACUGUCCAACGCAUCUUGGGUCUGCCACCCUGUUUUCUUCCUUUUCCCCAAUCGCAGCACUGGAAAUCUUUGCUGAUCUCCAGAGAGCGAUGAAGAGCUUUGUCUUAGAGAACGAUCUGCACAGUCUUUACCUGGUCACUCCUGUAUAUGACGACUGGGCCAAAAUCGACUGGUACCAGUUCUUUUGCCUGUGGGAAAAGCUGCCAGCCUCUAUGAAAAGAGUGGCGGAGCUGGUGGGGAUUGAGGAAAGUUUCCUGGCUCGCUCCGUGAAAGGCAAGAUCACCACCAGGACGGAGAAGCAGCAUCGGCAGAUGGCCGUCCAUAGGAGAUUUUUCACAAGUCUUGCCCUUCUGGAUUUAAUAAACGAGGUUCCUUUGAAGGACGUGGCUAAGAAAUACAGUUGUAGUCGUGGGCAGCUUCAGUCUUUACAGCAAUCUGCCGCUACCUAUGCAGGGAUGAUAACAGUUUUCUGCAACCGGCUGGGUUGGCACAACAUGGAGCAGUUGCUCUCUCAGUUCCAGAGCCGCCUCACCUUUGGGGUCCAGAGAGAGCUCUGCGACCUGGUCCGGAUCUCUCUGCUCAACGCCCAGUGUGCCAGGGCGCUCUAUCAGGCCGGGUUCAUCACAGUAGCUGACCUGGCGAAAGGGAACAUCGCCGACGUGGAAAAUGCUUUCAGGAACGCAGCGCCAUUCCGGAGUUCUCGCAAGGCGGUGGACGAAGAUGACCAAGCAGCGGAGGAGCGCCUAAGUGCUCCCUGCAUCUGGAUGGCUGGCUGGAAGGGUUUAACCGAGAGCGAAGCGGCCCACCUUGUUGUGGAAGAGGCUCAGACCCUGCUCAGGCAAGACUUGGCCGCCCUGGGGGUGCAGUGGAACCCCGAUUCGUCUCUCUUACCAGACGCCUCUUUCACAGCUUCCAUAAUAAGCAGCAGGCUGGAGGAGGCGGAGAAACGGAGAGCGAAUGGCACACAAGCGGUCAGGAACAGGGACAGUCUAGAUUUGCCUGGCAAAAAUGCCAGUUCUCAGUGUGGGAAAUCAUCCGGUAUCAAGCCUAGAAACAAGAGGCUCUUGGAUGUAAGUUCAGCGAGCGAGAGACUUCUGGAGAUUCCUGUCGGCAGGGCUAUGGCGGAGGCAGGAAACACUGAUGCACUCCCUAGCGCAAGGAAACGUCCGAAUCUGGACAAAGACAAAGAAAACACAGCAGAUAUUGCUGUGACGCAAAAGUCAGAGUCAGGGGAAGCAGUGAAAAGCGCGGAACAGAGGAAAAGCCCCCCCUUGAAACCUCGCAGUGCAGUGAAAUAUAAAAGAAGGGUUGACAGUUUCCAGUUGGAUACUCAGACAGAGAGGAUACUGCAACAGCAGACGAGCACUGAAACAGCUGGUGAACAAGGAGUAAAAGAGAGGGCAAGCCCAGCACAGAAAAGCUUCGUUUGCCCAGGGCACGUUAAUAGUUCCAAAACGGGCGCUGUGUGUGCCACGGAAAAUCUAGCGUACAGGAUAGCGGGGCCGUCUCACACGGAGAGCAGCAAUGUAGCCGAAAACACCGACUUAAUAUGUACAAAAGUGGUCAGCUCUGGGACCUUUCCUGUAAAGCCUUCUGAGAAACACCUGGAAAUCCCAGCUUUCCUAGAAGGAAAUAGCUUUUCUAUCACCGACUCCCAGUUAUACAGCUUCUUGCAAGGUUAUCAGACACCAAAUCUAGUAGAAAGGCAGGAGUCUCCUGGUCUUCCUGUGGAAGCUUCCCCGUCCCUCAACCGGGACCUUCUCACCAGAGCUCCUGCAUUCCAUCCCUUGCCUAAGACAAGUCUGAAUAACAGUGACAGCUUUCUAUUUGACGGAAGCUUUGGUCCCCUUAAUGACCCCCAGGAUGUUCAUAUGGAUGAAGUUAUUGUGGCAGGGGCUCUUCCACAACAGAACGGCAUCUCCCACCCUUUAACAACCCCUUCACAGUCACAUGGACAGAACCUGGGGUCAGCUAAGGGCGUAUCCCACACCAGCCUGGAUGAUGCUAAGGGCCCAGUAGGGUACAGCGACAAUGAAUCCCUUCUUUUCUCAGACCCGGAUUCUUUCCACAUCGCAGACGGAUUAGAUAAUGCAGCUGUGCCUCCUGUCUGGAGAGAUGUCUAUACGAAAGUGACAAAACUGAAUGGGGAUACAACCGGUGUGGAUGCCGGAAAAGGGGCACCCGAAAACCGCCCGAACGAUGGUAUAGAGAAAAACAUUGUCCCAGUGGUUCAGAGCCGCUUGUCAUUUGACUUAAGUCCAGGACUACAAGAGGUUUUGGAUAGAUGGCCCAGCCCCUCUAUUGAUAAACCUGAGCUUGGUCCAGGGAGCAGUUUGAGGGGAGAAAUCCCCAGGAAAAAUCAGGCUUCUCCCACCAUUCCAGGCCUCUGCUGUGAUCGACAGGACUCGUUAUCCUCUUGCAAAGACUUAAACAGAAAGUGCAUGACUAGAGGGGCGGUUGUUCAGAGUAAGGCCUGUGGAGCUUUGCUAGAUAACAGAGGGGGGAUAUCUGAUACAGAUGGGAACAAGGGGCUACUUUCCCGAAUUAUCCUCAUGGAGCCCACGUCUCAUUGUUUGGAGCAACCCUUUGUGAAGCACACACAACCAGGAAAUGCAAAGCCCCCAAAUGAUGUUCCAUGUCUCCAGCUCCUGCAGAACAUGCCAGAAGACACCUUACAGUAUCAACCAGCAAGUGGAGAACAGGGUGAAGUUUCACUCGAGGAGGACAAUUCGAUAAUCGACGAAGGCUUUUCAUUACAGUUAUCCCAAGACAACGUUCCAUCGCUGUCAAGCAGUGCCGAUAGCUUCACGAUAAUCGAUGUGGCAAAUGCCCGGGCUCUCUUCCAAACCUUCAUCGAAGAGUGGCGAACGAAAAAGAAAUCUGCUAUCUCUGUGGCUUGUGAAAGACGAAAAGGCUGCCUUGCUCUCCGAUCGGGUAUUGGCACGAAACUUAAGGCAGGUGAGUCCCCCGCUGGGUUCCCACAGUUAUGGGAUGAUGGGUUUCCUAUUGAAGGCACUGAAGACCUGUUGGUAGUCGGGCUGGCUGUGUGCUGGGGUGGAAAAGAUGCUUACUACAUCUCGUUGCAAGAGGAGGCACCUGAGCAAGCUGAAAUCCAUGCCAGUUUGGCACCGCCUCCCCUGGAUGGGAACCUGUCCAUAGCAGAACGGCUGCGGCAACUUCAGUGCUGCCUGGAGGAGUCCAAGAGGGUGUUUUCGCUUGCCAUGUACGACUUCGUUCAACACUACAAGACUCUCUUAAAGGCUUGUGGCAUCUCUUUGGCAGGCUGUUUCGAGGACCCAAAGGUGGCCUGCUGGCUGCUCGAUCCCGGGUCUAAAGAGCGCUCCCUUCACAACAUGGUCACCAACUUCCUUCCCCAGGAGCUGCCUUUGCUUGAUGGCAUUGGGGCAGGCCAAGGGAGGCAGAGCCUGGGGCUCAGCGCCAACGCCAAUCAGUCUGGGCGGUACAGGGCAGCCGUGGAGUCUGUGCUGGUCUUCCACGUCAUGGAUCAACUCAAUGCUCAGUUGCGCAAAGAUAACUUGCAAGACAUUUUCCAUGAAGUGGAGAUGCCAAACCAGUAUUGCUUGGCUUUGCUGGAGCUCAAUGGCAUGGGUUUCAGCGACGUGGAGUGUGAGACUCAGAAACACGUCAUGCAAGCCAAACUGAAUGAGAUCGAGAAUCGGAUCUACCAGCUGGCGGGACACACUUUCUCCUUAACGAGUCCUGACGACGUUGCCGAGGUGUUGUUUUUGGAACAGAAGCUGCCACCAGACGGCGAGUCUAAAGUGCAGCAGGGCAGGAAGACAUUGGGCUACACCAGAAGGGCCACCGCAAAUGGAAACCGAGUCCGACUGGCCAAGCAGUUCAGCACCACCAAGGAUUCCUUAGAGAAGCUAAAGGCGCUGCACCCGUUGCCAGGCCUGAUUUUAGAAUGGAGGAAGAUCAACAACGCGAUAACCAAAGUGGUGUUUCCCCUGCAGAGGGAGAAACGUUUGAAUCCUGUACUGGGAAUGGAGAGGAUCUAUCCCAUUUCUCAGACUCACAGUGCUACAGGGCGCAUCAGCUUCAGAGAACCAAACAUACAGAACGUGCCAAAAGACUUUGAGAUUGAAAUGCCGACCUCGGUGGAAGAGAGCCCGACUUCCCCUGGAAACCGCAGCCGAUCCAGGUUCCCGGGAAGUGGUUUGAUUUUGGCUGCCGACUACUCCCAGCUGGAGUUGCGGAUCCUGGCUCACCUGUGUGGCGAUCGUCGCCUCCUCCAGGUCUUAAACAGCGACGCCGACGUCUUCCGAAGCAUCGCAGCUGAGUGGAAGAUGAUCGGCCCCGAGGCUGUUGGGAACGAGUUACGGCAGCAGGCCAAGCAGAUUUGCUACGGAAUAAUAUAUGGCAUCGGAGCGAAAUCACUAGGGGAGCAGAUGGGAAUCAAGGAUGCUGCCGCCGCCCGCUACAUCGAGUCCUUCAAGGCAAGAUACCCCGGUAUUCCGAAGUUCUUGAAAGAGACAGUGGAGAAGUGCAGCCAGGUUGGGUUUGUCCAGACCAUCGUGGGCCGGCGUAGAUACCUGCCAGCAAUUAAGGAUCCCAACCCCUACAAGAGAGCCCAGGCAGAGCGGCAGGCGGUGAACACUGCCGUCCAGGGCUCCGCAGCCGAUAUCGUCAAAAGAGCCACCGUCAACAUCCAGGGCCAGCUGGAAGCUUUACCUUCAGCUGUAAAAUCGUACGGGCAUCUGGAGAGCUCCGUCCAGAAGAAACGGACAGGAAAACGGGGACGGGCCGAAAGGAGGCCGAUACUGUAUCCCAGCCACGGGGGAGUCUUCAUCCUCCAGCUUCACGAUGAACUGCUCUAUGAGGUCGCAGAGGACAGCGUGAUUCAGGUGGUGCAAAUCGUUAAGCACGAAAUGGAAAACGCCGUGAAGCUCUCGGUAAAACUCUCGGUGAAAGUCAAAGUGGGGCCCAGCUGGGGAGAUCUGCAGGAGCUGGAGCUAUGAACCCCAACGGAAGCCCGAGCCGCGUUUUGGACUCCCGACUCCCUCUGGGAAAUGAGCCCGCCAACAGGUUCGGCUGCCUGCACGACUGGGCCCACUUCUUUAACGGCAGCUCCGUGGCGGACGUCUGAGAUGUGCCUUGAACUCUAAUGAAUUUACCCAUGGAAACUUUUUAAUAGGUCACGCGGCACAUCUUGGAAGAGUUGUUAUUUUUAAGUAUGACGGACAGCUGAAAGAGAAGCAUUCAAAUGAACCUUAUCAAAACACGAAGAAGCCAGCAAUAAAUAUUUUAGAAGCCUAGGAAUACUCUAUUUCUUAACUUUCCAAAAAUAUCACACUAAGCGCUUUAAAAAAAAAUGCCAUCUUUUUUAGAUGCAACCGUACUUUGCAUUCUCGGGGAAGUUUUAUCUUUCGGUUUUAUCACCCUAAAAGCCUCUUGUGCCUUGGGCCCAUUCAGAUGUUUUAUCUUUCAUAAGUCCCUUCACCAAGCUCACAACAGUGUGCGUUGAUACAGGAGAGCUGUAUGCCUCAUACUGCAUGAUUCCAGAUCUGUCUAUCCUUUUUUUGAGAUGGCAAGUUCCCCUAUACACACCCUGUCCCCUAUGUGCAAGAGUUCUAGAAACGAUUGUAUGAAUUUACUACAAGGCCAGAGAGCCCUUGGCUAAAGAUUAGGAGACGUUCUUACA